UUCGUUUCUUCUAGACACUUCGCAGUCCAGCAUUUCGGAAAAGACGUGCUCGGAGAUAGCCGCAUUUGGGUCUUUCAGGCAUCAUCCAUCUCAGCGAUUCUCUUCACUUCAUCCUUCCUCGUUCAACUAUCUUAUUCUAAAACCACCCCUCUCCACUCUUAUCUAAAGCCCUAUCAUCAUGUCUGUCCCUACGAUCGGGCGCGAUACGGCCUUCCAGGUCCGCUCCUUGUUCCGUUCAUUGUUGCGUCAGUCCUCCCAGUUCUCGAACUACAACUUCCGCGAGUACGCCCGCCGGCGCACAGCGGAUGCCUUCCGCGAGCAUCAGAAGGAGACGGAAGAUAGACGGAUACAAGAAUUGAUCCAGGAUGGAAUCCAGAACCUGCGGAUGCUGAAGCGUCAAACCGUGAUCAGCCAGUUCUACCAGAUGGACAAACUGGUUGUCGAGGGUCAGGAGACAGGCAAGCAAACUGGUAGCGAAGGUGGCAUUGUUCGCCAGAAGGAUACUGGGUAAGAUGGAUAUCCUCGACAUGCUUGUCCAAUUCU